UCCCCAGCGGCGACCCGGAAGCAACCGCGACGUCGGGCGGGAGGAUACGAGCUCUUAGGCCCGACGGCACUGCUUAGCCGAGACGAUGGCAGGGACGGCGCUCAAAAGGCUUAUGGCAGAGUACAAACAAUUAACACUGAAUCCUCCGGAAGGAAUUGUGGCAGGCCCCAUGAAUGAAGAAAACUUUUUUGAAUGGGAGGCAUUGAUCAUGGGCCCCGAAGACACUUGCUUUGAGUUUGGAGUGUUUCCUGCCAUCCUGAGUUUCCCGCUCGAUUACCCGCUGAGUCCCCCGAAGAUGAGAUUCACCUGCGAGAUGUUCCACCCCAACAUCUACCCCGAUGGCAGAGUCUGCAUUUCCAUCCUCCACGCGCCAGGCGACGACCCCAUGGGCUAUGAGAGCAGCGCCGAGAGGUGGAGCCCCGUGCAGAGCGUGGAGAAGAUCCUCCUGUCGGUGGUGAGCAUGCUGGCGGAGCCCAAUGACGAAAGUGGAGCGAACGUGGAUGCCUCCAAAAUGUGGCGGGAUGACCGGGAGCAGUUCUACAAGAUCGCCAAGCAGAUCGUGCAGAAGUCUCUGGGGCUCUGAGCCCCGCCCGUGUGUGUGUGUGCACCUGCCACCAAGCGGUCUCCAGUGUUUCUCCUCCAGGACACUUAGUGACAGUGACACUCUGUGCUGGCACCAAAAAGGCAAGCUUGCAGAAUUGCAGCUCUGGUCUUCUUUGCCACCUCUCCCACCCUAAACAGGCUUCUAUUCUGAAAUUACAACUUACGUAGAAUAAUGACCAUUGAAUGCAGCUUUAGAGUGUUCCGGCAAGGUGGUCCAGGUAGAUUGGCAAGCCGUCUCCACUACCUCUCCCAGCUGAACGGCUUCCCACCCCUCCCGGGGUUGGGGAGGGUGUGCGCUGGCCUUCCCGGGACUGGAACCGGUGAUGCUCUCUCCAAAGGGCGGGGGCCUGACGCUGAGGCAGAGGCCAGGCGGACGCCUCUGCGGGUCCCUCCGGCUCCCUGCGUGCCCCAGGAGCGGUGUGCCGCUGCUGCAGUGUGUUCUCUCUCACCAGCAGGUGUUUUCUUUCUGCCCCGGUCCCACCUUCUCCACUUGUUCCGCACCACAGCCUCCCACACUUAGAAAAACUUCCAGGAAAUAAAUGCUGUUCAGAUGCGGACCGAUGAACAGUGGGCGCGUGCAGAAGCUCGCUGCCGACCGCACAGACCAGCGGUCGUUCCGGGUCCCGCUGAUCAGAGAAUACGGCCCUGUCUCAGUUACCAGCGCGGGAAAAAGGGGAGACUGGAAGGUUCAGUCACAGUUUCUUCUGGAACUGCGGGAGUUUGUCUUUUCCGUUCUCGAAGCCGGGGAGUUCUAGGCUUUUGGGCAUGCUUGGUCGCAGCAGGAACUUGUAGCAGCUGCUAGGGCAAAAUUGUGAUUUGUGACUCGGGGUUGGAAGGGAUCCACUGUUAGUGCAGCGCAGAGGCGUGCCUUACCUGCGAACUUGACCGGCGCUCGUGGAAAUGUGGCACGCGGGGCCCGGGCCCUGUGGGCGCAGAUCACGUGCUGUGGCUUGUGGUUUUGACGCGGCCGGGCUCCGAUGCGGGCGGCUCCACAGCACGCUGCCGGGGUCCACUGUGAGCAAUAACAACAGACUUGCUGCAUGCAGAACCACACAUCCGGCCUGUUUCGGACAGGUUACACUUAAAUAGGAAUUUCUAUUUUUGAAAUAAGGGACGGCCUCCAAGACACAGAAUAGGUUUUACUGUAAUUUCUCCUUCCCUUCCCUUUCACCAUGCGUCUGGCGGACAGGCGUGGCUUCUGCUGUGCUGCCGCCUCGUGUAGUUUCUUGGGUCAGUGAGUUCUGACUGAAGGGCUCCGUGUUGGGCCCCAUGGAAACCAGGGUCUCUCCUUCGCAGAGGGCAUGUUUUAAGAUCGGGAAUUCAGUACGGGGCUUGCAUUUGGAAGGGGAGGAAAGGAGACAUACUCACCUGAGUUGUGUGUGCAGGCCCAUUCGUAGGAGGCAGAGCCCUCUCCGCGGAGAGGAGAGGCACGUGGGGGUGUGGUGUGUGGACACGGCUGGAGCGUGGGCAUUGCGGCCACAUCAACAGUGGCCACGGGGGCUUCCGUGAAAUCUGGAGGAAGAAGAGAGGCAGUCUCUUUGCAAAACAAAGUAUUUUUAUUAGUUUGUAUUUAUUAAAUGGAAAAGAGAAUCCCCUGGUUAAAAAUAAAGUUAUAUAUUUUUCCCCA